AUGAUAAGUGCUCUUUUCUUAUAUGACGCUAAGGGAGAUGUUCUCAUUUCCAAAUUAUACAAAGACGAUAUCAAAAGGGCCAUUGCCGAUGUAUUCCGAAUCCAAGUCAUAACUGCCCAACAAUCACGAGAUACAAGUAUCAGUAGCAAAUCACCUGUUCUUACCCUUGGAUCAACAUCUUUCAUAUAUAUCAAAUCUGGGAAUGUUUGGAUAUGUGCCGUGACUAGAUCUAAUCAAGAUUGUGCUACAAUUUUGGAAUAUUUAUAUAAAUUAGAAGGAUUCUUGAAGGUUGUAUUAUCCAAUAAUGAAAAGAAAUUACAACUGGCAAAAGAAUUGAAUGAUGAAUUGAUUACAAAUAAUUUCAAUUUGGUUUAUGAGAUUAUAAAUGAACUGUGUGAAUUUGGAUAUCCUACAAAUUUGGAUUUAAGUUAUUUAAAAAAUUUCAUAACUUGUUUUAAUGAUACAAGUGCUAGUGAUAAUAUAUUUAAAUUGAUUCGAAAACAAUCAACCAAGAAACGAGAAACCACUCCAGGUGUAUCAUCUCCAGUCAGAGACACUAGAGAUUUAACUACUAGUAAUAUCACCUGGAGAGCACCAGGUAUCAAAUAUCGACGCAAUGAAAUCUUCCUUAAUGUUACUGAAAAGAUUAAUAUUCUAAUGAAUUCCCAAUCUGAUAUUCUUCGAAGUUAUGUCGAUGGAUCAGUCCAAAUGAAAACCCAUCUUUCAGGCAUGCCAGUAUGUCGAUUCGGUUUUAAUGAAAACACCGUCCUAAUUAACCCCCAAAUCAACAAUGGCAACAACACCACAACUAAUCGAAACAAUCGUGAUGGGACAGUUGUUUUAGAAGAUUCGAAGUUUCAUCAGUGUGUUGAAUUAAACAUGUUUGAAACUGAACGUAUUAUUCAAUUCAUCCCGCCAGAUGGUGAAUUCCAAUUAAUGACCUAUAAUUGUCAUCUGAAUGUGAAUAUCCCCUUCCGAGUCUAUCCACAAAUCCAACCCAUUGAUAAGACAAGAAUCAUGUAUAAGAUCAGAAUGAAAUCGUUCUAUCCGGUAAAAAUCCCUGCUACCAAUGUGUUAUUGAGGAUUCCAACCCCAAGAGGAGUUAGUUCGACAUAUGUCCUGAAUAUUACUGGUGGAAAGGCGAAAUAUCACCCUGAAGAGAAUGAAAUUCAUUGGAAUUUUAACAAAUUCUUUGGAAAUCAGGAACAUGUGCUCACGGUGGAAGUUGAACUUAGAGAGAGUGAUAAAGCAGCAACAGGUAGACCCGGGGAUGUGAAUUCUGAUCUGUUGUUGUUGUAUUGGAAUAGGCCCCCAAUGACAUUAGAUUUUAAGUUGGAUAUGGUGAGUUGUUCUGGUUUAACUGUAAGGUUUUUGAGAGUGUUGGAGAAUGAUAAAUAUAGAACUGUUAAAUGGGUGAAAUAUUCAUCUCAAGCUGGUUCAUAUGAGAUUAGAUAUUAA